CGGGUCCUUAGGCUUCACGCUCCCCGCGCAGGCUGGGGUCGCGGCGGAGUGGCCGGGUGCUGGUUGUUCCCGCUGUUCCAGCCUCAAAAGAGCCGGUGCGUCGGCGGAUUCGUAGUAGUCAGCCUCGUGUGCCUUCGUUAUGGUUUGCGGAGAGACGGGCUCAGCAGCCAGGCAGGUGAGGUUUGAACUUCUUGUCUUGGAAGCUGUGCAUCACCAUAAUGAGGCUUGUAAUUCUUGAUAACUAUGACUUGGCUAGUGAAUGGGCAGCCAAAUACAUCUGUAAUCGCAUCAUUCAGUUCAGACCUGGACAGGACAGAUAUUUUACACUGGGUUUGCCAACAGGGAGUACGCCUUUGGGAUGUUAUAAAAAGCUAAUAGAAUAUCACAAGAAUGGAGACCUUUCUUUUAAAUAUGUGAAGACCUUUAACAUGGAUGAAUAUGUAGGACUUCCCAGAAAUCAUCCUGAAAGCUACCAUUCUUAUAUGUGGAAUAACUUUUUUAAGCAUAUUGAUAUAGAUCCUAAUAAUGCUCAUAUCCUUGAUGGGAAUGCUACAGACUUACAAGCAGAAUGUGAUGCAUUUGAAAAGAAAAUAAAAGAAGCUGGAGGAAUUGAUCUUUUUGUUGGAGGAAUUGGUCCAGAUGGUCAUAUUGCUUUCAAUGAGCCAGGAUCCAGUUUAGUAUCAAGGACAAGAUUAAAGACUCUAGCAAUGGACACCAUUUUGGCAAAUGCUAAAUAUUUUGACGGAGAUUUAUCAAAAGUGCCAACUAUGGCUCUAACAGUUGGUGUGGGGACAGUGAUGGAUGCUAGAGAAGUAAUGAUCCUCAUAACAGGUGCACACAAGGCAUUUGCUCUCUACAAAGCAAUAGAAGAAGGAGUCAAUCACAUGUGGACUGUUUCAGCUUUCCAGCAGCAUCCCCGAACUAUUUUUGUAUGUGAUGAAGAUGCUACAUUAGAAUUAAGAGUUAAAACUGUGAAAUACUUUAAAGGUUUAAUGCAUGUGCACAAUAAACUUGUGGAUCCACUGUACAGUAUGAAAGAAGGAAAUUGAAGGAGAUUGGAUCAAAAUUCUGCUUGAAUGAACAGAACACUUUUAUACAUAGAUGAAUUUUCAGCUAUGCAAAUAUGACAAAACUUGGGGAAUUUUUGAAUAUUGUCAUUUUUAAAGUCUAAUAUCUAUAUGUUAAACAUUCCAUAUUUACGUGUUCAUUUUAUACUAGGGUUUAGGAGAAGUAAUUGGCUCUCACAAUUAUCAGCUAUUUGUUACAGAAGCCACAUAGUCACUGUAACACAGCACAGAAAUGAAAUGUCUGCCUGUGUACAAAUUUUAGGUCAUUUUAAAGUUGAUAAUUCUGUACAUCAAGUACCAUUCAUAUGACUUGAGUGGCACUAUUAGAUUUUUAAUCACAGGAAGACACUCCAAGCCUUUCAGGUAUCAAACCACUAUCAUUGCAAGCCUUUACUUCCGGAAUGCUACUCUAUAUUUUUUCUGCAUUACACACACGCUUUCUGCACGUGGUUGCCUUAGUCAUCUCCUGCAGUAGCAUCUGGACAUCAAAAGUCCUGCUAUAUAUUGUUAGUACAGAAAAUUUGAAGAGAUGGCAGUGCCUAAAAGUACAGUUUAUGUCCUUUUAGAAAGUAUAAGUGCAUGUUUUUUGUGCGCCUUCUUCUAUAGCACUUUUUUUUUUUUCACAAAUGUGCUAUUUUUAUUUAAUGACUUGGGUUCAUGCACUUAAGUAUUUUGGCAAUUAUGAGCUUUAUAUCUAGCAACACACAAUGAAAUUUUUUUGAAGAAAAUUUUCUGAUUAUUGUUAAACUUCAUAAAUGAUUAGCUUUAUUCCUUACAUAUAUAUGUCUAAAAGGAUAAUAUGAUGAAGUAUAAUAUAAAAUGAAUUACUGUAAACUAUUUUAGAUUGCCAUAACAACUUGCAUCAUUAAAUUGCAAAUAAAAGUAUAUAUUGUUUUCUAUCUUUAACUCAAAUAAAGCUUAUAAUAAACA